GAUCUCCUGGACACUCAGCCACUCCAGGAAACAGAUGAGGAAUUAACAACUGAAGCUGAAUUUGCUGAAAUUAUAUCUGAGGAAGAGAAGGAAGAACUAAAAAAUGAAUUGGCAAAGCUGGAAGAUGAAAUUGUAACUCUACGUCAAGUGUUAGCUGCCAAAGAGAAGCACCUGGCAGAGAUAAAACAUAAGUUGGGAGUCAGCAUGAUGAAUGACCUGAAGCAGAACUUCAGUCGAGGCUGGCAUGAUGUUCAGACCCAUUCUGCGUACAAGAAGACACAAGAAACCCUGAGCCAAGCUGGGAUAAAAGCAUCUGCUGCAAUAACUAAUGUUGGAAGUGCAAUUGGAAAAAAGCUGGGAGAUAUGAGUGCUUACAAUGGCAGCUAUUCUAUCCGUCACUCUAUAAGCAUGCCAGCAAUGAGAAAUUCUCCUACAUUCAAGUCUUUUGAGGAACGUGUUGAGAAUACAGUAACUUCACUGAAGGCUAAAGUAGGAUCAACAAACCAAACCCAAGGAAGCUUUGAAGAAGUUCUGAGCUCUACUGCCCAUGCUAGCGCCCAGAGUUCACUGGCUGGCAGCCUUCUGCCUGAAGCUGAUGAAGAACUACAGUGA